AACCUUCAAAAAGUGAUAGGCGGAAACGUCAUAAUUGUCAAAACCGUGUUUGAAACGUUCAAAAAAAGUGAAUUAUUUACAAUCAAGAGUUAAUUGAAGGUAGUUAAAUUAUUGUACAAGUGUUUUUUUGUGUAAAGUUACAGACAUAUCAUGGCUCAGAACGCACCUUUAAUUUUGCGGCUGUUAGCGUCUUCAGUGACGGCAGCCAAUAGAGCAGGAAAAAUUAUCCGAGAUAUUAUGACUAGAGGAGAUUUAGGAAUCGUUGAUAAAGGCAUCAACGAUCUUCAAACAGAAGCAGAUCGGUCUGCACAACGUUGUAUAGUAGCUUCAUUGUGUCAGCAAUAUCCAGAUUUGACUAUAAUAGGUGAAGAAGAAACUAACAACCAUGAAGUUCCAAGUGACUGGAUUGUAACAGAUUAUGAUAAAUUAGUACUGACGAAAGAAUGCCCUCAGGAAUAUGAAAACAUCAAAAAAGAAGAUAUUGUGGUUUGGGUAGAUCCUCUAGAUGGUACAUCUGAAUAUACACAAGGAUUGUUGGAACAUGUAACUGUAUUAGUAGGACUAGCAGUGAAAGGUAGGCCCAUUGCUGGCGUCAUUCAUCAGCCAUACUAUAAUUACAAAAGUGGAAAUAUAUUAGGCCGAACAAUAUGGGGAUUGGUAGGAGUAGGUGUUGGCGGUUUUGAUCCUCAAAACGCACCUUCAGAUAAAUUCAUUGCAACCACCACAAGAUCACAUUCUGAUGGCACAGUUCAGAAGGCCUUAGAAGCAUUGAAUCCCGAUGAAAUUAUUAGAGUGGGAGGUGCUGGGAACAAAGUGCUGCUACUAAUUGAAGGCAAAGCCCAUGCCUAUGUAUUUGCUAGUAAAGGUUGUAAGAAGUGGGACACGUGUGCCCCAGAAGCUGUGUUGUUGGCUACAGGUGGACAGUUAACAGAUAUGCAUGGAUCCCUAUAUUAUUAUGGAAAAGACGUAGCGUGUCCCAAUGUAGGAGGUGUAUUUGCCACAACAAGAGGUAUCAAUCAUGAAGUUUUACUAUCAAAAAUACCACAAGAAGUCAAGGAUAAACUGAAAUGAUUUUUCUAUUUUAAAACUGCGUUUCCAACUCUUUGAUGUACAUGUUACUAAGUCAGUUCCAGAGUAGGCAGCUGUUAACAUUUUAUACACCUUUUUUACAUAAAAUACGUGAAUUCAGUUAUAAAUCAAGUUUAUUUUUACAAAAAACUACAGGGUGCAUUGAUACAGCAUUUAUUAUAUGUGAACUGAAUUCAUAAUAUUUUGAAGUGGUUCACAUCAUUCCAGUGAUUUGUUUUAUACAGAAAUGUGUUAGCGUUAGCAAUUUUAGAAAUUGAUUAAUUAUUUGUUAUUUAUGUCACACUCUGUUGAAAUUAGUUGAACAUGUUAAAGAAUGCAAUAAAUGUUUUAAUAAAAGUUAGUAAAUUUUA